AUGGGAACCAGCAAACAGCCAGCAGUCUCACCAUACCGGGAUGAGCCAGCAAUCCUACAAUUCGGUGAGCGAGGACAGACCUACACGGUUCCCAAACCUCUUGUCCAGAAGUACCCGAAACUAGCAGCUCUCCUAAAACCCCAAGACCGCAACAGCAUUUCGACUAUCUGUUGCUACGAUAUUAACGAAGACAUUGCCCAUACUAUAGUUCAUUAUCUCUACACCGGCGAAUACCAAACGCUUCGAGUCUUGGAAGGAAAGGGCUCGAGGGAGGGCGAGUACAAGCGGAGUGUAUUUGCUUACUGCGCGGCAGUCAGGUUUGACAUGCAUGACCUGGCGUCUAAGGCAAUGAGGUACAUCAAGCUCUCUGAGAACGCGGCUGAUAUCUUCCAAGUUCUGUCGAUAGCCAGUGACGUGUAUUGCGGACUACCAGAAGGAAAAUCGGAGUAUUCCGAGUAUCUGGGAAUCAAAAUCGCCGCUGCCUUUAAGCGAGACGAGGAAAUCUUCCUGAAGGAUGAGUUCUUGCAGUGUAUCGGAAAGUCGCUUGCCUUUACCAAAUUCCUGACGCAGACCAUAGUAUCGUUAUACUCCAGCAAGCUUUCGAAGCACAAGGAGAUGAACAAGGAGAACGAACCUGUCGCUGAGAAACGCCCCGUGGAACCUACUCCUAAGCUACGUUGCUUGCGACAGCGUUCAGCGACCACAGAGAAGGGAUCAUCUUCAGUCCUUGAUACACCAGUGCCUGUUCCUGAAGCCAAGUCCGAAGACAAGCCCGAGCCCGUGGAGCGACCGCAAAAGAAGAGACAGAGGCCUAGCUGGUGGCCAACUGCUGAGGAUGGGGGUUUUUAA